AUAAAAGAAGAGCAGGAAGAACCAGAACAUCCCUGGAUAAAAGAGGAAACCAUGGAGCUCCCCAUAAGUGAGCAGGAAGAGCAGCUUGUUCUCAAGCAGGAGACUGAAGACAAACCUUUCCCAUGUUUGACAUGUGGAGAAAACUUUUUAAAAACAGAACUUUUAAUGGAUCACAUGAGAACUUACACAGACUGCUUUCAAGGUUAUGUUGGGAAAGAGGAGGAUUUAUCUGACCAGCAGCUCUAUGAACAGGAGAGGAAUUUCAGUUUGGACCAAGAGGAACCAGAAGCUCUGCAGAUAAAAGAAGAGCAGAAAGAACCAGAACAUCCCUGGACAAAAGAGGAAACCAUGGAGCUCCCCAUAAGUGAGCAUGAAGAGCAGCUUGUUCUGAAGCAAGAGACUGAAGAUACAGUAGAGAAAUGUUUACCAUGUUUGACAUGUGGAGAAAACCUUCUGAAAAAAGAACAUUUAUUGGAUCACAUGAAAAGUCACGCAGGUCAGAUUUAUCAAUGUCAAUCCUGUGGCAAAAUGUUCAUGGAGAAAUCUAGAUUUGAGGGAUGCACACAAAUUCAAACAGGUGAGAAACUCUUUUGCUGUACCAUUUGUUACAAGAAUUUUACUGUAAAAAGUCAUUUGACUUCAAUGAUGAGAAUUCCCACUGAAGAGAAGCCUUUUGAAUGUCCAUCCUGUGGAAAAAGCUUCAUCUCUGAGUUUGAUCUUAAUAAUCAUAUCAGAAUUCACACAGGUGAGAAACCUUUUUCCUGUGCCAUUUGUAACAAGGAUUUUACUAAAAAAGGGAGUUUGACUUCUCACAUGAGAAUUCACACUGGUGAGAAACCUUUUGAAUGUCUGUCCUGUGGAAAAAGCUUCACUCAGAAAUCUAAUCUUGAUAGACACAUCAGAUUACACUCAGAUGAGAAACCUUUUUCCUGCACCAUUUGUAACAAGAAUUUUAAUGUAAAAAGUAAUUUAACAGAUCACAUGAGAAAUCAUACUGGUGAGAAGCCUUUUGAAUGUCUGUCCUGUGGAAAAAGCUUCUCUCAGAAGUAUAAUUUUGAUACACACAUCAGAUUACACUCAGGUGAGAAACCUUUUUCCUGUACCAUUUGUAACAAGGACUUUACUAAAAAAGGUAGUUUGACUUCUCACAUGAGAAUUCACACUGGUGAGAAACCUUUUGAAUGUCUGUCCUGUGGAAAAAGCUUCACUCAGAAAUCUAAUCUUGAUAGACACAUCAGCUUACACUCAGAUGAGAAACCUUUUUCCUGCACCAUUUGUAACAAGAAUUUUUAUGUAAAAAGUUAUUUAACCAAUCACAUGAGAAUUCAUACUGGUGAGAAGCCUUUUGAAUGUCUGUCCUGUGGCAAAAGCUUCACUGAGAAAUCUAGUCUUGAUAGACACAUCAGAUUACACUCAGAUGAGAAACCUUUUUCCUGCACCAUUUGUAACAAGAAUUUUAAUGUAAAAAGUAAUUUAACCAUUCACAUGAGAAUUCAUACUGGUGAGAAGCCUUUUGAAUGUCUGUCCUGUGGAAAAAGCUUCACUCAGAAAUCUAGUAUUGUCAAACACAUGAGAGUUCACACAGGUGAGAAGCUUCUCCUGAAUGAUCUGUGACAAAGCUUUUAAAGGAAAAGUUCAUUUGAGUAUUGAGAUGAUAUUUAUUCAUGCAUGAUCUGGAAUGAUUUCUACUUUAAAAAAAAAAUUUUUCACGUUAGUCACAGCCAUUAGUCACCACAGGAAUGAACAGUAGAGGCGUUUUCCAUGUUUGACUGGUGAUAAAAUGUCCAUCUAUUAAAUCCUUCACCUCAUUACAUGAGAAACUCACAAGUUAAUGGUCUUUUUAAAGCAAAGUUUUGAGAAAGCCAUUAAUUAACAACUCUGUUUACAUAGAAACUAGAACAGAUAAGGUGUUAUAUUGUUAACCUGCUAAAUAUUCAGGUCCUGGGUGAAUAUGUGGAUGUGAACAUUUGAAAGUUAAUUAUUUUGGUCCUGAGUAAAUUAGAUUUAUUGGGCCAAAAAAAGAAUGUUGCCCUAACAAAACAAAAGAUGUUUACAUUCACAAUUUCUUAAUUUUUCUGUAAUGAAGGGAAUAAACAUAAUUAAGUGCAACUGAAACACCUUAGUUACAGGUGAAGCUAGUUUGCUGUCCAUACAACAUGCAAUUGAGAAGUUAUAGAUUUUUAAAUAAAAAAAAAAUUCAGACAAACCCCUGCUGUGCCAUUUUGGCAUGGUGUGGCACACCUUUUUCUGAAUGAAUCUGUUCAGAAAAGAAAACUCACAUGUUUUAUCUUUGGGACUAAGAACCUUUUAGUUGAAUGAUAAGCUAUCGGUUGGAAAUAUUCCAGGAAUAGAAUUUUAUUCAGAUGAAAAUAUCCUCAGAUAAAUAUAAAGUCAAAGCUAGGACAGAUUUAAUGAGCUUUGCUCAGUUUUGCUGAUGUUUUUGGAGGAUAUUCUAAGAGGUCAGCUGCAAAUGAUCAGAGUUUAGCUCAUUAGCAAUGCAUCAAUCAGCCCUGCUACAUGUGUUUUUUAAACCAGGCCCACCGAAACUCCAACUGUUUUUGGCCCAGUGUUAGAGCUAUGGUCAAUGGAUAUUAGAAUGAAGUGGAUCAUCUAUAGAGGAGACUCAGAUGAAGAUUUGGGACAUAUAUAAGUGUGUGUCAGUCAAGGGUGUAACUUUGUGUUGAAAGUUGGUGGGGACGGCUCAUAAGGAAAGGGAGCUACCUGCGCAACGCCUUUUUUUUGUUGGAAAGGAUAAAGCCAAAAAAAUGCGAAUAACAUUUAUCA